UAGUGGCGCAUGGCGACUGAGUCAGUGCGGAUUGCGAGGCUGCGCUGCACAGUACAUACUUAAAAAUGUGGGUCACGUUGUGCACGAGCGUUCUAUAAUAUUAGCCUUAAAAUAUUUGUAUACAAAAACCCAUAUUAGGUCUUGAAAACGCGAAAAUAAUCCAUACCGAAUGUGUACACCGUAACACAAGACAAUAUUCAUUUAGUUUUUUUUCUGACUGCAGGGUCCACCCAACAUUUUUGCGCGCGAACUCUCGUUAUUCCCAGUGUAUUAUCCUCAUUUUCUUCGGUUGAAACCACAGAAACAAAUGUUAAUUUCGACUUGACAUACGUUAACUGCUCUUCAAAUCAUUCAUUCGAGUUCGAAAUUCAUUGAAACCUCGUUGUAAUAAUACAAAGUAUUCAGAAAAAUGUCAGGUAGUUACACGAGAAAGGAAUUUGGCGUGGACCACGAGGAGAAAACGCUGCUAGCGAAAGACAAAACAACCAUUUGCUCUAAUUGCAUGUCAUAUGCAACAUUUGGUCAUCCAAUAACUUCUGGCACUGUACCAGUACGACUUUCUCCAGGAUGGGAGGGUACGGGUAGGCCUGAGGACGAGUUGAAUUUUAAGGGAGUUACUAUGGACCAAGCAGACCUUGAAAUGAAUCCACCAAUGGAUAAGUGGAAUUGGGUCGCCAUGGUAUUUUUAUUACAUGGAAUUGGUAGCUUGAUGCCGUGGAAUAUGUUCAUUACUGCCAAACUUUACUUUACUGAAUACAAGUUUUCAAAGGAAUACACAGGCUACAAGUCGAACUACGCCACGGAUUAUGACACUUAUUCACCAGUUGCUGCACAAGUUCCAAAUUUAAUUUUCAAUUGGUUGACUCUAUUUAUCCAACUAGGGGACAAUUUAACAGCACGAAUUGUAUGGGGACUCUUGAUACAAGUCGCAAUGUUUGUGCUGACAAUCGUUUUAGCAAUGACAGACAGCUCUGCCUGGCCUGGUCUAUUCUUUUGGAUAACCAUGAUCUCUAUUGUUGCUUUGAACACUGGUAGCGGUAUAUAUCAGAAUUCAGUGUAUGGAAUGGCUGCAAAACUGCCUGCCAAGUAUACAGGAAUGGUUGUUUUGGGUUCUAAUAUUAGUGGGACUAUAAUUGCUAUAAUUGAAUUACUAUCCAGUAUGAUGUCUCCGAACAAACGGACUGCAGCAAUAUACUAUUUCAUAACAGCCCUAUUAGUUCUUUUGGCUUGUUUUGAUACAUAUUUUGCUUUGCCCUUGAAUAGAUUUUAUCGGCAUCAUGAACUGAUAAACCAAAAAGCAGCCAACAGAAAAGCUUUAAAUGAUAGUAUAAGAGGACAGACAUCGAGACCACCGUACUGGGAAAUAUUUAAAAAAUGUUGGCCACAAUGCUUCAAUGUGUUCUUUGUUUUCUUUGUUACACUCUCAAUAUUUCCUGGUGUCCAGUCUGGCAUUCAACAGAUUUCACACGAUUUCAUCAUUGAAGAGACAUAUUAUAUGAAUGUCAUGUGUUUCAUGACAUUCAACGUAACGGCAAUGAUUGGGAGCUUGAUCGCUUCUUUUUUGCAAUGGCCCUGGAGGAAAUACCUUGUCAUUCCUAUUCUUCUGAGGGUGCUAUACAUACCGAUAUUUUUAUUAUGCAACUACAAACCUAAUUCAGCUGUCAGGACAAUACCAGUUUUAAUUAAAGAUGAUACAGCUUAUUGGUUGAUAGCCAUGACAAUGGGUCUGACCAGUGGCUACUUUUCAUCAGCUGCUAUGAUGCACUGUCCAAGAACGGUAGAGUCUCAGCAUCAAGCAACUGCUGGUAUGUUUGGUGCUGCAUUUCUAAUAACUGGUAUCGUCGCAGGUCUCGUAUUUGCAAUAGCAAUGCCUUUGAUAGUUUCCAGUUCAAUUUUUCUAUAAACUUUUCACAUAUAAUUGAAUUGUAUCGAUUUUUGCGUGAUUUGUAGUCUUCUUACGGAUGAACCAAACAUACAGUCCAGUACGUUAAACAGUUGCAAAGACUGUAAUAUCAUAUAACGAAGGUUUGAAAGUGGUACUGAUAUUCGUGGACUUGAAUUCAAUUGUUACAACAUUCUCUUCGAAUAGAAAAUCCGUUAAAAGGUCAUUAAUCUCAAAACCAUGGCAUAAUUAUUGAUGACUUUAAAGAGAUCCUAGUAUUACAUAAUUUUUACAAGUAAAAAGUCGCAUCAUUUAAACAAUAAUAAUUAACUAAAGCUUAUUUUGAUCGUAAAUAAAUUCUCUACGAAUCAACAAAGUCACAUUUUGUAUUUGGCUCCUCAGUUGAUCAAACAACAUAAUUAUUAAAAUCAUUAUAAGCGGUGAAUAGUAAGCCAAUGCCUUAAUAAUAGCAACAAAACACUCCAGCGUUAUCCAAAAUAUUAUUUUGUAGAUUUGUAGAGAAUUCAUUUGCAAACAAAAUGAAACGUAGUUCAUAAAAAUCGACCAAACGAUACGAAUAGAAUAAAUGAGAAUAGAAUCUCCUCAAAGUCGUGAAUAAUUGUGUUGUUGUAGCUGAAACUUAAGGUUUUUAAAUUUUUUUCUGUGUUAAGGGAAUAUUGUUUCAACUAAAUACAACUUGAUUCAUUUGAGUUUUAUUUUUAAACCAUCCAUAUAUUAUAUUUCUGUCUUUACAGCUGCUUGACUGCACUGUCUGUUUAAUGCAUCCUUAAGACUGGAAUACUUUCGGGACGAUUUGUCGACCAAAUGAAUAAAUGCUUUUUUGUUAUUCACUUUUAUACCUGACAAGAUUGUUAAACCUUAUAAAAAUAAUCUGCAGUGGACGCUAGAUAUACUGUGUUAGUACCGUGCUAGAAUACCCUAACGCGGGGCCCAAGCAGAGGAAAAUUCUCUAAAAUGGCUAGCUGCUAACCGCUACCACUGCUGGCGUCGGAAGCAGGAGCCGUGCGCGGUGAGAGAUGCUGCAUUUGUAUGUUUGACCGUGCUUGUGGAGGGGCACUCGCUCGCAAGGCCUUAUACUGAAAGGCUAUUUAUCUAGCGCCCACUGUACUGCAUUUGAAUGUAUCGAACUAUAAUGCAGACUUACCAUUACAAACGAAUGGCAAAUUAGAAGUACAUAAAUAGAUCUUGUGCUUCCAUGUAACUGUACAAUUACAUAGAUGCCAGAAAUCGGAAUAUUACAUAUUUCCGUAUGAAUUUUUGUUAAUUCAGAAGGGAAUUCAAUCUUGUCACCUUGGAGGUAAGUUUUUGAUCAUAGAACGAAACGAAGGUUUGCUCUUUACAUGUACAUUGGAUCGAAUUGUAGACAAAGUUGUACAAAAUUUCUACAGCACUUCGGGUGCAUUUGCAUU